CUCUCCAUUCCAUUUCCAUCCCCUUUAGCCACUCUAAUUGAAGCAUACAUCCGUAUUAUCCAUUUCUAGAGAGAGGAGAGAGAAAAUGUUGGGAAUAUUCAGCAGCUCGAUCAUGUCGCCGCCGGACGAGCUGGUGGCAGCAGGGAGCCGGACGCCGUCGCCUAAAGUGACGGCGGACAAGCUGCUGGCGCGAUUCCUCGACGCCAAUUCUUCGGCGAUUUCCGUUAAGGUUGGCGAUGAUGCCCAGCUGGCAUACUCUCACCGCAAUCAGUCAGCUCAGCUGCCGAGAUCUUUUGCAGCGAAGGAUGAAAUAUUCUGCCUGUUCGAAGGAGCACUGGACAACUUGGGGAGCCUGAAGCAGCAAUACGGGCUUGCAAAAUCUGCAAAUGAGGUUCUUUUGAUGAUCGAGGCAUACAAGACGCUUCGUGACAGGGCACCUUAUCCUCCAAAUCAUGUUGUUGGACAUCUUGAAGGGAACUUUGCUUUCAUAGUGUUUGACAAGUCCACUUCGACUUUAUUUGUGGCCACGGACCCAAAUGCUAAGGUUCCUCUCUACUGGGGAAUCACUGCUGAUGGAUAUGUUGCAUUUGCUGAUGAUGCCGACUUGCUCAAGGGUGCUUGUGGGAAGUCACUUGCUUCUUUCCCACAAGGGUGCUUCUUCUCCACAGCAAUUGGUGAGCUUAGAAGCUACGAGAAUCCGAAAAAUAAGAUAACAGCUGUCCCUGCUCAGGAGGAAGAGAUCUGGGGAGCUAAAUUCAUGGUGGAAGGGCCAAGCAUUGUUGCUGCCACAAAAUAGACAAGGCUUUGAACUCUAUGAGUUGGCACUUGAGAUGAUAAGUGAAGAAAGGGAGAGAGUGAAAGAGAGAGCAGUGUAAAUAAAUGGAAGAGUUUGGUGUCAAGAAAGUAGGGGCAAUUUAGCUUUUACAUGGUAUUUCCAAACAAAAGUUGGUGUUAUUUCUAGGUCUUGUUUUUUUUUUCUUUCACAGUGCUAUGUCCAAUCCUUUGUGUAUUUUGUACAGUCUUGUCUUAGUUGUAUAAUAAUAUGGUUUGUGAGUGGCAA